AUGGUGAACAACGACGACGAAGCAAUCGCCGAGGCCCGGUACGCCCGGUUAACCUUCAACGCCCCGCUCUCCCUAUCCCACGCGGACACUUUACUCACCCACCUCGAUCUAACCCCGGCCACCAGCGUGGUUGAUCUCGGCUGUGGCUGGGGCGAGUUACUCCUCCGUGCCGCGGCGUCCGUCCCGUCGGACUCGGCGGAAGUGACGGCUACUUUCACGGGUGUCGACACCGAUGUCACCGUGCUCGCGCGCGCUCGUCGAGAGGUUGCCUCGCAGGGGUUAUCUCCUGGUAAAGUUACCUUUGUCGAACAACCCGCGGCCGCAUGGACUUGGACUGGGACCGGAACUACCACCCAACCAUCCCGCGCCAUCUGCAUCGGUUCCUCCCACGCAUUCGGCAACACCUCCUCCAUGCUCACUCACCUAACCAACCUCCUCUCCCACCCGCCCGAAGAAGACGGCCACAGCCCCACCAUCACCCGCGCUCUAAUCGGCGAAAUGUUCUGGGAAGAAGCCGCCCACCACCCCAACAACCCCCGCGCCAAGACAGCCCGCGCGCAGUUCGAAGAUCCCGACAGCAACGAAGAGAAUCAGAUCCCCUCGUUGGCCGGGCUGGUCGAGAUGUGUCGCGCCGCAGGGUGGACUGUGUUGCAUUUGAGCGUGGCGGAUCAGAGGGAGUGGGACGAGUUUGAGUCAGCGCAUCGGGCUGGGUUGAGGGAGUGGGCUUUGUUAAAUGGGGGGAGGAGUCCGACGAGGGCGGAGGAGGUGAGGAGAGAGCAGGAUGAGAGGGAGAGGGGGUAUUUGGAGGGGUAUAGGGGGUUGUUGGGGUUUGCGUAUCUUGUUUUGGGGCGGUAA